GCUACUUACAUUGCUGGACAGUGGUGGCACUGACUGUGGCCAGAACUAAAGCCAAAGUUACAACGAUUUUCAGCAUUUUUCUCGGGGAAACUCCUUUAAUUUUUGGUCUGAAGAACAGAAAAUAGCUUGAGUACGCGCGCACCGGAAUGAUAGCCGUGAAUGGAAUUGAUGGGUCAGGUGGAGAGCCUUAAAUAGCCCGUGUCCGAGCGAUGACCAACGGUUUGAGAGAGCAGUUUAUCAGGCUAUUGAUACGGACCGCCACGCAGGUGUUACAAAAGAAAACAGUGAGGCCCGCAGGUGUUGUGCUCUAACGAAGAGCAAACACUGUCGAUUCGAAUCAGUAAAUAACGUAAAUUUGGCUGAUAAGACGUGAGAGUCGAAACUGCAAUGUUAUGGCUAAAUAGCCGGUAAUGCAGCUAUGGGGUUAAUAUGUAAACAAAGUGGGAAAAGCCCGCUAAAUUGGUUAUAUCAACCUCUAAUUUUAAACUUUAUUCCGACGAGCAUUCAAAUUCAAAUUAGCCGGCGAUUAGUUCGUUAUCGAUCUCGAUUGGCGCAAUCGAGGCCAUCGGAAUAUGACCAUCUCUAGCUAAGGGAGUUCAAAAAAAGGUAAACAAAAGAUAUAUGUAUCAAGCUUAACUUAGACAAAAAAAUGAUAUAAUGGACACUGGGGAAGUAGAUGUGAAGCGUCUCCUGCUGCUAAAGUACCCUGGCUUGACGGCGGAACUUAAUCCAAGUGGUUAUUGCAAUAUAAGAGGAGUUAUUUGCAGUGAGGAAAUCUGGCGUAACAUCAGGCUUUACUUACCCCACCACCCAGCUCUUCAUGGUUUGCAGCUGUACGUGCAGGAAGGCGUGGUGUACAAGUUGUUUACAUCUGAUAACCUUAAGCUACAGGAUGACUGGCUGCUGGAGGACUUGCUGGACAAUCUGGGAAAGAUUCUCCCUGCCAAGAAAGUCCCAACAACGUCAAAGCAGCAGGGGGACGUCUAUUCCGACAUCCUAGACCUGUGCAAAUCCAAGGAGUACUGCAUGCUAAUUGAUGACGACUGCACCCUUCUUCGUAUUUGCGAAUUCAGCGACUUUGAGCAGCAUUACUUGGAGCUGGAGGUUCCCUCCCUACGCGUGAAAGAUCAUAGCCUUCCAGAAUGCGUACCAUUGGGUGAAAUACUGACCAAGAGUGCUGGAACACUAGAGCAGGUCCUAGUCCUUUUCCGCAAACUCCUGGAGGAACUGCGUCCCUUCUACGACAACUUCAUGGACAUCGACGAGCUAUGUCAUGUGCUCCAGCCGUCGCCCAUCACCACCAAGCACAACACACGGGUGUUUCCUCUCAAGGAACGCGUCUAUUUAAAGUUGACUAUCACUGAUCCCUUCGCCUGCAUCGCAUCCAUGGCUCUGAAGAUCAUAGGGCCCACGAAUGAGGUGGCUCAACUGCGUCAUGUACUUAGUGAGGGCCUGGGCAACUGGGACUCCGAGCUGGACAUCCACAAGAACCUGCUGCGAAUGUUCGACUUGUGCUACUUCCCCAUGCCCGACUGUUCUGAUGGCCCCAAGCAGGAUGAGGAGGAUAACGAGGAGUUGCGCUGUAACAUUUGCUUUGUCUAUCGCCUGGAUAAUGGCGACGUGCCCCUCGUCUCCUGUGACAAUCCCAAAUGUGUUCUCAAGUGCCAUGCCGACUGUUUGGAAGAGUGGUUCCAGACGCUGAUGGAGGGCAAGACCUUCCUGGAGGUCUCCUUUGGCUUGUGUCCCUUCUGUAAGGCGAAAUUGUCCACCUCCUUUGCGGCUCUUCUUAAUGAUUGAAAAUUGUAUAUCGAUCCCAUUUAAAUAAUAAAAGCCACUGUUUAAGAGUAACUUAUUACAGAGAA